AUGUCUACAAGUAUAAAGAAUCAAAAUUCAAUUCAAGAAGAAUCAAAAUUAAAACCAUAUUCAUUAGUUGGUAAUUCAGUGAUAUUAUCAGAAGAAUAUUUAGAUCAUUUAAAUAAAACAUUAAUUGAAAAAACUCCUCAAGAAAUUAUUGAAUGGUCAAUUGAAACUUUCCCAAAUUUAUUUCAAACUACAGCAUUUGGUUUAACAGGUUUAGUUACAGUUGAUAUUUUAUCAAAAUUACCAAAAGGUUUUAAAAUUGAAUUAAUUUUCAUUGAUACUUUACAUCAUUUCCCACAAACUUUAGAUUUAGUUUCCAAGAUUCAAUCACGUUAUCCAAAUAAUAAAAUUAAUAUUUAUAAACCAUUAGAUUGUAAUAAUGAAUUUGAAUUUUCUCAAAAACAUGGUGAAUCAUUAUGGGAAACUAAUGAUGAAAAAUAUGAUUAUUAUGCAAAAGUUGAACCAACUCAAAGAUCUUAUCGUGAUUUAAAAGUUUCUGCUGUAUUUACCGGAAGAAGAAGAUCUCAAGGUGGUGCAAGAAAUUCAUUACCAAUUAUAGAAAUUGAAGAAUCAUCAGGUAUCAUCAAGAUUAAUCCAUUUGCAAAUUGGUCAUUCCAACAAGUUUUAGAAUAUAUCAAAAAUAAUAAUGUUCCUUAUAAUGAAUUAUUAGAUCUUGGUUAUAGAUCUGUUGGUGAUUAUCAUUCUACAUUACCUGUGAAAGAAGGUGAAGAUGAAAGAGCUGGUCGUUGGAAAGGUCAAAAUAAAACAGAAUGUGGUAUUCAUGAAACUAGUAAAUUUGCUAAAUAUUUAAAAGAAAGUAAUUCAACAAGAGUUGAAUGA